AUGGUAUUGAAUAUUUUAGUGAAUACUAUUUAUUAAGGAUCUUUAUUAAAUAUCCCCUUGUAUCUAACUUAAAAGGAAAAAUUAUAGAUUAAAGAUAUUGGACUUAAUUUUGGAUUCAUUGGAUUUUUAUCAUUGCCAAGUGCAUAUUUUUAUAAUAAAUUAUUGAAAUCCUUUAGAGAGAAGUUAUUUCCUGAAUUUAAUCAACAUCAAAUUAGAUAUUUUUCAUUAAUGUAUUUUGUAAGCAAACCAACUAUUUUAUUUGAUGCAUUCUUCAUUCAUUUUUUAUAUUAUGGAUUUAUUGGUUUAAGUUUAUUCUCCUUAUGUUAAUAUCAUUAUACUUAGAGGCCAAAAAGUGAAUCAAAAGAGAAUUACUAGAAUUCAUUGACUAAAUUAAUGAAAUUCAGAUUAUACAUAAGUUUGAUUAGCAUAACAUUUGAUGUUUGGUUACCUCAAUUAGAACAUUUGGGUAAGAACUUUAAGGAAGAUCCAAAAUAAAUACUGAUGAGCAAGAAUUUCUAAUUGGCCUAUUUACUUAAACAAUAGAUAUUCAAUUGUAUUUGGUCCUAUGUUGUGAUUUCAGAAUAUUUUUCAUUUUGUGAGAAGGAAUAUUGAAAUCAUUAAUACAUUAUAUUAUUAUAUCAUCAAC